CGAAUGAAUAAACGACGACAUGUCCGGAAUUUGGUAUUGGAAGACAGGAUAGGUCAUUCCCGGCGAGUUUCAGUCAAAAGAGGAAUCCGAAACGCAAGCGGAGGGGAGAGAGAAAGAGCCAUUCAUCGAUAGGUUUAUUCAGUCACUUAUAAAGAUCUCAUCGAUUCAUUAUUUUUGCCGUUUAUUUUCGAGAACUGAACUCGAGCGAUCGAUUCGCUUGUAUCGGAGGCUAUUGCAGCUGCUGGAUGAACUCUAGCUGUUAUCACUUGUUACCUGUUGACGAGCUUCACCGUUAGUGCUUACAGCGAGGUCGGAAUGGAUUUAGUAUCUAGUUGUAAGGAGAAAUUGCUGCAUUUUAGAAUCAAGGAGCUUAAAGAUGUUCUUACUCAACUGGGCUGUUCAAAGCAAGGAAAAAAACAGGACCUUGUUGACAGGAUAUUUUCUAUUCUAUGUGAUGAACGAGGUUCUUCUACAUGGUCAAAGAAAAAUGCUUUUGGAAAGGAGGAAGUGGCAAGAUUGGUGGAUGAUAUUUACAGAAAACUGCCAGUUAACGGUGCAACAGAUUUGGCCUCAAAAUCUCAGGCUGCUUCAGACAGUGGUACGAAGCUUAAGGAAGAAGUAGAAGAAGCUUAUCAGAUGGUGGUAAACACACGUUGCCCAUGUGGAAGUUCGUUACAGACUGAUUCAAUGAUUAAGUGUGAGGAUCCAAGAUGCCAUGUAUGGCAGCAUAUUGGUUGUGUUCUUAUUCCAGAUAAACCAACAGAUGGUGUUAUUCCUGCUACCCCUGAUAUCUUUUACUGUGAAAUCUGUAGAAUCAACCGUGGAGACCCCUUCUUAAUGCCUGUGGGUCAUCCACUGUCUCCAGUGAAAUUGAUUACUACAACUAUUCCUACAGAUGGUACAAACCCGAUGCAGAAAGUUGAGAAAACAUUUCAACUUAAUAGAGCAGAAAAGGACAUGUUGUUGAAACAAGAACAUGAUGUUCAGGCUUGGUGUAUGCUUCUGAAUGACAAAGUGCCAUUUAGGAUGCAUUGGCCACAAUAUGCAGAACUUCUUGUCAAUGAUGUGCCCGUGCGAGCAAUCAACAGACCUGGCUCACAGUUGCUUGGCACUAAUGGUCGUGACGAAGGGCCAAUAAUCACAAAAUGCACCAGAGAUGGCAUUAACAAAAUAUCCUUAACAGGAGUUGAUUCUCGUGUGUUCUGUUUGGGUGUCCGCCUUGUCAGACGGCGUACUUUUGAACAGGUUCUUAACAUGAUACCCAAGGAGUCAGUUGGUGAGAAAUUCGAAGAUGCUCUUGCCCGUGUCUGCCGUUGUGUUGGUGGUGGAAAUGCCACAGGAAAGGCUGAUGAUAGUGACAGUGAUUUGGAAGUUGUUGCUGACUGUAUUCCUGUCAGUUUAAGAUGCCCUAUGAGUGCUUCAAGGAUGAAGAUUGCUGGGAGAUUCAAGCCGUGUCUUCACAUGGGUUGUUUUGAUCUUGAGGUGUUUCUGAGGAUGAAUGAACGCUCCAGAAAGUGGCAGUGCCCAAAUUGUGUAAAAAAUUAUGCCCUGGAGAAUCUCAUUAUAGAUCCAUACUUUAACCCUAUCAUAUCCAAGAUCCAGAAUUGUGGAGAGGAUAUUUCCGAAAUUGAGGUGAAACCUGAUGGUUCAUGGCGAGCUAAGGCUGAAAGUGAUCGUAGGGAACUUGGAGAACUUGGGUUAUGGCACUUUGGAGAUGGAUCUCUAUGUCCGGAAGUUAAACCUGAACUGGAAGCUCUUAAACAUGUCAAACAAGAAGGUGGUGGUUCUGAUAGCCGUCCUGGUUUAAUACUUGGAAUUAAGAAGAACUGUAAUGGCUCCUGGAAAGUCAGCAAGCAGGAAGCUUUACAGGACAAUUUUGAAAAUCACCCUCUCAACAACAUUAUUCCGAUGAGCAGUAGUGCAACCGGUAGUGGAAGGGAUGGUGAAGAUGCUAGUGUGAAUGGUGGUGGAAACUUUGAAUUCUCUGUCAACAAUGGGGUCGAACUAGAUUCGAUAUCACUCAAUCUUGAGAACCGUUUUGGGUUUCCAAAUCAGAACCCAUCUGCUCCUUUAAAAGAUCAGGAAGUAAUUGUCCUCAGUGAUUCAGAAGACGAGAACGACGACAUUAUUAUGCCUUCUUCUAGAAACGUCUACACAAACAGUAUUGAAGAAACGGGUGUUGCUGCUGGCAUUUUCCCCAUUCCACCACAUGGAAUUCCAAUUCCAGAUCCAUUUCCUGAAGAUGCUAUUAUUGGUACUACAGGCAUGGGUCUUUUCAAUAGCAGUACUGAUGAUGACUUUGGGAUUUGGCCUUUGCCUUCAGGUAGUCAGCCAGGUUCUUCAAGUUUCCAGUUGUUCAGUCCUGAAGCUGAUGGGUCGAAUUCAUUGGUUGGUUUGCCGCAUGGUUCCAUUAGUUGUCCAACAAUGAUGAAUGGCUACAAUUUGAAUCCGGAAACUGACAUAGUAGGUGGGACUGCGGUUGCUGCUCUUGCUCACGAAUCCAGUGUUGAUAAUCAUUCUAGUGCCGAUAUGAACGGAGGCUUAGUUGAUAAUCCGCUAGCGUUUGGAGGGAACGAUCCUUCUCUUCAGAUAUUUCUUCCUACAAGGCCUUCUGCUGAUGCAUCACCCUCUAUACAGCUUGACGUGAGAAACCAACCAGAGGCAUCAACUAACAUUCGCAGUAGCGUGGAUUGGAUCUCGCUUAGAGUGGGGGAUAGUGGCAGCAAUGGUAAUAAUAAUCAUAAUGAAUCUGGUAUACCAAAUGGAGUGAGUCCUCAGCAGCAGCAGCAGCAGCAGUUACAAAAGGACGGGUCUUUGAGCUGUCUGGCAGACUCUGCGUCGUUGCUUCUGAGUAUGACCGAUAAUAGAAAUGGCAAAACUGUUAGGGAAAGAUCUGAUAGCCCAUUCACAUUCCCUCGUCAAAAGCGUUCUGUAAGACCGAAGCUCUAUCUUUCUAUAGACACAGAUUCGGAAUAGUCAAAUGACGGAAAUAUCCUUUUCAAUAGUAGGUGGUGGUGGUGGUGGUGUACAUGUAUCAUUCCAUUUUGCUGGAUGAUGACUUUUGUUGCCAAUCAAAGCUGUUUUUUCUUCUUCUUUUCCUUUUAUUGAUCUUGAUAGACAUCAACUUCCUUGGAGGUGAGGGGGGUAGAUGAGUCAUUUAACUGGAUAACGUUUGAAAAAUAGUCAGUCAGUCAGAAUAGUCUGUGUAAAUGUAUUAUUCAGCAAAAUUAGAAUCAGAGGAUUUUAACUUACAUAAAAAUGAAUAAUUUUUGCAAGCUGAUGCAACAUACUUUUUUUU